GGUUCAGUUCUCAGGAUUGAGUUAUGUUUUUUCUUAAUUUCAUGUUAAAUGGCAUAGGUGAGAAUGGCACAAUAGAUGGCAUGGGAGGUGUUUGGUGGGACAUGUGGAGAGACAGAACUCUCCAACAUACACGACCAAAUCUCGUUGAAUUCUUAAAUUCCAAAAACAUUAUCAUUUCCAAUGUGAUCUUCCAAAAUUCCCCAUUCUGGAACAUUCACCCCGUUUAUUGCAGUAAUGUUGUGAUUCGAUAUGUUACCAUCCUGGCUCCACAUGACUCUCCCAAUACUGAUGGAAUCGAUCCAGGUAAUAGAAAUGCAAUUUAUGUCUUUCGUUUGUACUUCAUCUUGCUUGGGAUUUUGCUUCCACACAUGCAAGCAAAUUGACCAUCUAGCUUUUCCUGUUGCAGUGAUUGAAGUACUUUUAUGGUUAUUAAGUUAAACUCAUAUUGAUAGUUAAAAACCUCAUUAUAACUCCUGUUUGCAAGAUGACACGAAUGGAAUAGAACCUCUGAAUUGUUAUUCAUUGAUUAUCUGUAAGUUGGGUGUUGGGUCCAACAUCCAAGUUGUUUCUUCCUAGCUAAGUUGGAGGUGUUAUCUCUUUUAGCAUAUAAAUGGGGAGGGAUUAUGAUUUUUGAUGUUGAACAUCUAGACCAUGCAAUUCUGAUAAUCAUCUCCAUUCGUUGCUUGUGGGAAGGGCAAUAUGUUUUCUGCAAAAUAAAUCUCCACAAGAUGUUAACCUUAAGAUGGUUUUACAUUUAAUUGGUGCAGAUUCAAGCUCUAACGUUUGUAUAGAAGACUCCUUCAUUUCUACUGGAGAUGAUCUUGUGGCUGUGAAGAGUGGAUGGGAUGAAUACGGGAUUAAAUAUGGUCGGCCCAGCUCUGACAUCAUAAUCAGGAGAAUAACAGGGUCGUCUCCAUUUUCUGGAAUUGCAGUGGGAAGUGAAACCUCUGGUGGGGUGCAGAAUGUGCUGGCUGAGCACAUAAAUCUUAAUGACGUUGGACUUGGUAUCAAUAUCAAGACAAACAUAGGUAGAGGAGGGUUCAUAAAGAACAUUACAAUCUCUGAUGUGUGGAUAAAUAAAGCACGGUCAGGAAUAAGGAUAGCAGGCGAUGUUGGAGGCCACCCUGACACAAAGUUCGACCCAAAUGCUCUCCCCUUUGUCAAGGGCAUUACCUUCAAUAACAUAAGGGGAGUGGAAGUCCAGCGAGCAGGUUCAUUCCGUGGCCUGAGGAAUGCCCCUUUCACCGAGAUUUAUCUUUCAGAGAUCAACCUUAAUGGUGUGGCUAAACCAAGAUCUCCUCCCUGGGACUGCUCUGAUGUGAGUGGUGUCGCAAGUAAGGUAAGCCCAGCACCAUGCCCCCAACUUUCCAGCAUCCAAUAAAUAGUUUAUCUUUGUUGACCAUAAUUUGUAUCACUUUCAUGCAUUAUGCUUUUAUUGAGAUGUAUCUUAAUUGACUGUAUAAUUCACAUGAUCAUACAUGUUCAAUCUUUCAUUUCUUGAU